AUCAAGUAUAUGUCUAGGUGAAAUGAUUCAGCAUAAUUAUUUCGGUGGUAGAAGUUUAAUCAAGCAUGCCUUAUUGUGAAGUACAGUGGUAAAGUAUACGCGGACCAAAAGAGGCCAUACUUAGGAAAUACAGCAUAGACCAAUGUUCAUUUGCAAGACUUUGAUAGGAGAUUGUACCUUGGAAGUCGAUUAGUUGGAGUUCACAAGAUCAUCAUGGGUUCUUCGAGCAGUAUCAAUGCUUUGCAGGAUAAGAAGGUGGUGGUGAUUGGAGCUAGCUAUGGUGGUAAUGCAGCAGCCAUGCCUCUGAGGGGAAAAUGCAAACUCAUCGUCAUAGACACCAGGGAAGCUAUGCAUCUCUCUAUCUCAUCGCUCAGAGCUGUGGUUGAACCAGAGUUUACGACCAAGACCCUGAUACCUUUGAAGGAUGUCUAUGGGGACUGUUUCAGAAGAGGAAAGGUGGUCCAGAUCAACCCAUCAGAGAAGACAGUCAGUCUGGAAGAUGGCACCAAGAUCUCCUAUGAUUACCUGAUCAUAGCCACGGGAAGCAGUAAUCCGUUCCCAGGAAAGAUCACCGAUGACACGUCCAACCAAGAAUGUCAUGAUCUCUACAAAGAUGCAUUUGAGAAGGUUAAAGCAGCCCAGAGGAUCACCGUCAUAGGUGGAGGAGCGAGUGGUGUGGAGCUCGCUGGUGAGAUUGCUACUGACUUCCCCAAGAAAGAUGUCACUUUGAUCCACUCUAGAGAUACCUUACUUGAAACAGCUGUCAGUCUGAAGCUUAGAAAUGUGGUGAAGAAGCAGCUUCUUGAUUUGAAAGUCAAUCUCGUCAUGGGCGAAAAGGUAUUAGACCUUGCUCAAAUACCCACAGACCUAUCAGGAGGAUUUCGUGAAGUUAAGACUGAUAAAGGAACGGUUGUACCUGCAGACCUUGUCUUCAUCUGUAUUGGGAUGACUGUUAACAAGAUGGCAUACGACGACAGUUUAGCUAGUGCAAUGGAUGAACGAGGUGCGCUUCGCGUGAAUCCAUACUUUCAAGUUGAAGGGUAUGAAGACAUCUUUGCGAUAGGAGACUGCUGUACAGCAAACCUCCAGAAGAUGGCCAAUAAAGCUAAGGCUCACGGUGAAUCAAUUGCAAGAAAUAUACCAAUGAAGGCUGAUGGCAAAGCAAUGAAACCUUACAAAUCACCCGGUGUCGUAUACGCUGUCUCUGUUGGUCGCAAUAAAGGAGCAAUCCAACUCGGCAACACCGUCAUCGGCUCUUGGUUCGUCAAGCGAAUCAAAGGCAAGGAUAUGUUUGCGAGUAGGCUGUGGAGUGAUGUUGGAUUAACUGUUCCCAAAUUAUAAAUUCAGAUAUGAUUUAAGUGCAUAUCAGUGUAAAAUGUUAUAUUUUGUAAUAUGCAUAUAUACGGUUUGAUAGUGUCUUUUGGAAGAGACUAACUAAAUGCUCUACAAAAACUGAAAUUUCCCUUCCAUCGUUUUUAUUCACUUUGCAGUCGAGUUAAUUUGACUCUACACUGUUAGAAAAAAUAAAAGAAGUUCCUGCAGCAGAGUCUCGAGAA